UUUCCUUGUCUACUCACUCAACAGCCAAGACGUUCAAAUUAAUCUUCGAGAGCGAAGCGAAAAAGCCUCCACGGCAGUGGCCAAGCGGAGCGUCAUUAAACAAAUUCAUUACUAGACCUAUGUUCUAGAUAUCUCUUUGGACCUGCUGAACAUCUUCAAAGAAACCCUCUCCAAACCUUCCUUCUUCCUUCUGCCUUCACUUCAUUUAUUUCCCUCUCACCACAUCAAGUCGCAAAACCAAUCACUAUGAAGGACUUAACAAAUGACCAUGGCAUGAAUCUUUACCUCGUGGUUUCGUCUACACAUCAACAUCUCUUCUCUAACUUGUGCCAUGGCACAAUCAGACCAAACUUCGGUAACUCAUAAGGCGCCACCAUUACGGGGCUGAGUCUAAUAUCUUUCCUAUCUCUUACAUUUUAAAGACAUCCAAUUCAUGAAAGUCGGCUGUUACAUACGUCAUUGGGCAUUUUCAUGUUAAAUGCUGGAUUUCACUACCCCACAGUUCUGAGAUUACACUCUCUGUAUUUUCUUCCCAUAUGCCAUAUACAAGCUUCACUAACUCGUCAACACGAAACUUCUGCUACACGUCUACUGUUGCUUUAUCUUCAUACAUACUAUCAUGCCUCAAACUCUAGAUAUUCAACUACAAAAUCGUUACCCUUCGGAUGAAGUUUAUGCUUAUAUCACGGGGCUGGCAUUAAACAAUAACAACCGUGUCUUUCUACUGAGAGCUGAUGGAAAGACACCAUAUUACCCUGACUCCCCACCCCACACUGUGCACCCACUUUCAGCAGAUUGUGCUAUUAAAUUGGGGAAACAAGGUAGUACCACUAUUGCCACAAUCCCUCUUCUUGCUGGAGGAAGGAUCUGGUUCUCAAUAGGCAAGAAAUUGGAGUUUUUUGUCAACCCAGGACCGGCAUUGGUUGAGCCAUCUGUCACCAAUCCUUCUGAUCACAAUAUUAACACCAACUGGGCAUUUUGCGAGUUUACGUUCAAUCAAACUCAAAUUUAUGCCAAUAUAAGUUAUGUCGACUUUGUCAGCUUGCCAAUUUCUAUGAAACUUAUACCUGAAAACGGUAGACCACAAGAAAUUCAUGGUCUGAAAGCAGAUGGUCUAGAGACUAUCUGUGAAGGCCUAAAAGCACAAAGUCAGAUUGACGGCGCAGGGUGGGACAAAUUGGUUGUAGAGAGUGGUGGUCGAAAACUUCGAGUAUUAAGCCCCAAUCAUGAACCGGGUUUUGAUGGCUAUUAUGAAUCUUACGUCAACGAAGUGUGGGAUAAAUAUACACACACACCAUUGAUUAUCGACACCCAAGCUGAAUGGGGAAAGGUAGAGGGUCGUGUAGGUAACGGGCAAUUAACAUUUCCUGGCCUAGCGACUUUCUCGAAGCCAUCUACUGCAGAUAUCUUUAGUUGUAGUUCUGGCCCAUUUUCCAACAAUGAUGGGCCGACAGGACCUCUUACAGCUCGUAUUAGUGCGGCUUUCAAUCGAUCGACACUGUUAAGCAACAAUCAUCAGCCACACAAGGAAAGAGUAUCAGAGUUUUAUCGACACAAGGUCUCCAAUCACUAUGCUCGACUUGUUCAUGAAGCAAAUCACCAUGGCCGGGGAUAUGCUUUUCCAUAUGAUGAUGUUUCAUCCGGUAUGGAGACUGAUCAGUCUGGUUUUGUUAGUGGAUGGCCAAAGUCAUUCACUGUUUCUAUCGGUUGAGCAUGAGUUGACGAUGUCUUUUGAUACACAUCCGUGUGGUUUUCCCAGACGUCGAAGCAUUCUGGUCCCUUGUUUUCACCAAGAAAGCCAUAGAAAAUAUCUGCGUAUCAACAUGAAGCCAAUUCUCCAUUUAAUUCACCCACAACGCUGUUGGCAAAGUUCGCAGGCUUUACUUUUGACUUGGCUGAGAAUAAUGGAUUGGCUACCAAUAGCGAGACCGUAACUCCACAUCACGAAUAGCGCCAGAGGUCAGCUGUGAUGAAAGAUAGAAAGAGUUCGCCUUCAUAACAUCGCAAAUUAUAGAAUUAAGACUUACGUCUAUCAUACUCCCGCUUUCUGAUUAUCUAGUGAAUUGCUUUGCUCCUGCAAGUGGAGUGCGAUUGUUUUCCGCGCUCAAAAUGCUUCAAGCUUCGAAGAUGGUCUCACAUCCUUGUUACGUCUCGUCUCCGCUUUCCAGACUUUAGGCAACUGUUAAAGUGUGCUAUAUGUUGCAUUGUAUUAUAGACUUUCGGAAAAGCCAGUGUCUUGUGAGGCUUUAGGUACCUAGUGUAGAUAACUUUUUGGUCAUUAUCGUGCGCUUAUAUCAGUAUCUCAUUCUCCGAGGAUGCACGAGGUGACAACAAACGUCCAUGU